UAUAUGUUGUAGAAGGAAGAGGUUGAAGAGGAGGUGAAGAGACAGAAACAGGAGCAAUUAGUAGAAGAACAGCAGGAGAAGAAGGAGAAGUUGAAGAAAGGAACAGUGAAUACUUAGUAGAACGGCAGAAGGUGGAGAGAUGGCACUGUCAUUUCUUCUUUUCAUUCUCUCUGUGUCUGCUUCCCUCACUGCGGCACUUCACAAUACAACUGCAGGAUGCAACAUCAUCAGACCACCGAGGGAUGGAGGGAUCCGAUACAGAGGCUUAACUCAGGAGCAGAUCCGCAGUGUGCAGGUGCUGCCGGUGGACUAUGAGAUCGAGUACAUCUGCCGGGGCAACCGGGUCAUCGUGGGCCCCAAGGUCAGGAAGUGCCUACCGGACGGCACCUGGACCGAACCCAACCUGAAGAGCCUCUGUCUGCUGCCAUGUCCCCGUGUGUGGACAUCCUUGGAGAACGGGCGGGUGACAGUGGAGCCGUCGGGGCCCUCGGUUGAGGGGACGAUGGUGCACUACAGCUGCCUGCCAGGCUUCAUCCUUAUGGGACGAAACUCCACACACUGCACCAAGGCCGGCAAGUGGGACUCCCCCAAACCCGUCUGCCACUAUGACAGAGAUUACAAAGGCAAGAAGAAGCUGUACAUCGGAGCCCUGUUCCCCAUGAGCGGUGGAUGGCCCGGGGGUCAGGCUUGCCUGCCCUCCGCACAGAUGGCUUUGGAUCUGGUGAACAACAGGACCGACAUCCUGCCGGACUACGAACUGGAAAUGAUUCACUACGACAGUAGGUGUGACCCUGGCGAGGCCACUAAGCUGCUGUAUGACCUGCUGUACUCGGAGCCCAUAAAGAUCGUCCUCAUGCCCGGAUGCAGCUCCGUCUCUACGCUGGUCGCCGAGGCCGCGCGCAUGUGGAACCUCAUAGUGCUCUCCUAUGGCUCCAGUUCUCCGGCCCUGUCUAAUCGCCAGCGCUUCCCCACCUUCUUCCGUACGCACCCCUCGGCCACGCUCCACAACCCCACGCGCGUGCAGCUCUUCCAGAAGUGGGGCUGGACCAAGAUAGCCACCAUCCAGCAGACCACAGAGGUCUUCACCUCGACUCUGGAUGAUCUGGAGCAGCGUGUGAAGGAGGCGGGUAUUGAGAUCAGCGUGCGCCAGAGUUUCCUCACUGAUCCCGCCAUCGCCGUCAAGAACCUCAAGAGGCAGGAUGCUCGCAUCAUUGUCGGACUCUUCUACGAGACAGAGGCCAGGAAAGUCUUCUGUGAGGUGUUUAAGGAGAAGCUUUAUGGCAAGAAGCACGUCUGGUUCCUGAUUGGCUGGUACGCCGACAACUGGUUCAAGAUCAAGGACCCGUCCAUCAACUGCACAGUGGAGAACAUGACAGAGGCUGUGGAGGGACACAUCACCACCGAGAUCGUCAUGCUCAACCCCGAGACCGUACGAGGAGCCUCCAAUCUGACAUCGCAGGAGUUCCUGAAGCAGCUGAUGUCCAAGCUGGGCGGUAUGAACCCUGAGGAGACCGGAGGCUUCCAGGAGGCCCCCCUAGCGUACGACGCUGUGUGGGCCCUGGCUCUGGCCCUCAACAAGACGGUGGGCUACCUCAAGGAGCAGAACCGGCGCCUGGAAGAGUUCAACUACAACAACAACCUCAUCACCAAGGAGAUCUACCGCGCCCUCAACACCAGCUCCUUCGAGGGAGUGUCGGGCCACGUGGUGUUUGAUGCCCAGGGUUCGAGGAUGGCCUGGACUCUCAUUGAACAGCUGCAAGGUGGAAGUUAUAAGAAGAUUGGAUAUUAUGACAUGACCAAAGGCAAUCUCUCCUGGUUUGGAAAUGACAAGUGGAUCGGUGCCGGGCCCCCUGCGGACCAGACUCUGGUGAACUUUGAGUACCGUUACCUGUCCCAGAAGCUCUUCAUCUCCGUCUCGGUGUUCGCAGGCCUGGGCAUACUGCUGGGGAUAGUCUGCCUCACAUUCAACAUAUACAACAGCAACGUCAGGUACAUCCAGAACUCGCAGCCCUACCUGAACAACAUGACGGCGGUGGGCUGCAUGAUGUCACUGUCUGCAGUGUUUCCCCUGGGACUCGACGGCCUUCAUGUGGCCAGGGACCAGUUUCCUGUUGUCUGCCAGUUCCGCUUGUGGCUGUUGGGUCUUGGCUUCAGUCUGGCGUACGGCAGCAUGUUCACCAAGAUCUGGUGGGUGCACACCGUCUUCACCAAGAAGGACGAGAAGAAGGACAAGAGGAAGCACCUGGACCCGUGGAAGCUGUACGCCACCGUGGGAGUCCUGCUGGUCAUCGACAUCCUGGCACUAAUGAUCUGGCAGAUAGUCGACCCCCUGCACAUCACUGUGGAGAAGUUUACUCGUGAGACUCCUAAGGGGGACCUGGACGUGGUGAUCGAGCCCCUGCUGGAGCACUGUAGCUCUGAGAAGAUGAACACCUGGCUAGGAGUGGUGUAUGGCUACAAAGGGCUGCUGCUGUUGCUGGGGAUCUUUUUGGCCUACGAGACCAAAUCUGUCUCCACUGAGAAGAUCAAUGACCACAGGGCUGUGGGGAUGGCCAUCUACAAUGUCUCAGUGCUGUGUAUGAUCACUGCUCCGGUCACCAUGAUCUUGUCCUCUAAGCAGGACGCCUCCUUCGCCUUCGCUGCCCUGGCCAUUAUCUUCUCCGUCUACAUCACCCUGGUGGUGCUCUUCGUCCCCAAGAUGCGUCGUCUGAUCACACGUGGCGAGUGGCAGUCGGAGCAGCAGGAGACCAUGAAGACGGGCUCGUCCACCAACAACAACGACGAGGAGAAGAGCCGACAGCUGGAGAGAGAGAACAAGGAGCUGCAGAGGAUCAUACAGGAGAAAGAGGAGCGCGUGUCCGAGCUGCGUAACCAGCUGUCGGAGCGCCAGGCCCUGCGCUCGCGCCGCCGCCCCUCCUCGGCCAAUCAGAACCACAGCACGGUGCCCAGUGCCCCGCCGGUGGUGAUGCCCAGCGCCCCGCAGAUGGGCGCCGACCCCAAGUCCCUGCUGCCGCCGCCCGGCUACCCGCUGCCCUCCUCGGACAACCACACGCCGCUGCCCCCCUCCUUCACCACCUCCACCUCGUCACACCUCUACCAGCCCGACGGCAAGAUCAGCCGCAACCACUGCCACACCAGCCGCCUGCCCUUGCUCUACAAGUGAGGAGUGGAGGAG